AUGCACGUGCGCUCGCUGCGCGCCGCGGCGCCCCACAGCUUCGUGGCGCUCUGGGCGCCCCUGUUCCUGCUGCGCUCCGCCCUGGCCGACUUCAGCCUGGACAACGAGGUGCACUCAAGCUUCAUCCACCGGCGCCUCCGCAGCCAGGAGCGGCGGGAGAUGCAGCGCGAGAUCCUCUCCAUCUUGGGCUUGCCCCAUCGCCCGCGUCCCCACCUCCAGGGCAAGCACAACUCGGCGCCCAUGUUCAUGCUGGACCUGUACAAUGCCAUGGCGGUGGAGGAGGGCGGCGGGCCCGACGGCCAGGGCUUCUCCUACCCCUACAAGGCCGUCUUCAGUACCCAAGGCCCCCCUCUGGCCAGCCUGCAAGACAGCCACUUUCUCACCGACGCCGACAUGGUCAUGAGCUUCGUCAACCUCGUGGAACACGACAAAGAGUUCUUCCACCCACGCUACCACCACCGGGAGUUCCGGUUUGAUCUUUCCAAGAUCCCAGAAGGGGAAGCGGUGACUGCAGCCGAAUUCCGGAUCUACAAGGACCACAUCCGGGAACACUUCAGUAACGAGACGUUCCGGAUCAGCGUUUACCAGGUGCUGCAGGAACACUUGGGCAGGGAGUCGGACCUGUUUCUGCUUGACAGCCGCACCCUCUGGGCCUCGGAGGAGGGCUGGCUGGUGUUCGACAUCACGGCCACCAGCAACCACUGGGUGGUCAACCCACGGCACAACCUGGGCCUGCAGCUCUCGGUGGAGACUCUGGAUGGGCAGAGCAUCAACCCCAAGUUGGCAGGCCUGAUCGGGCGGCAGGGGCCCCAGAACAAGCAGCCCUUCAUGGUGGCCUUCUUCAAGGCCACCGAGGUCCACCUCCGCAGCACCCGUUCCACGGGGGGCAAGCAGCGCAGCCAGAACCGCUCCAAGACACCCAAGAACCAGGAAGCCCUGCGGGUGGCCAACGUCGCAGAAAACAGCAGCAGCGACCAGAGGCAGGCCUGUAAGAAGCACGAGCUGUACGUCAGCUUCCGGGACCUGGGCUGGCAGGACUGGAUCAUAGCGCCCGAAGGCUACGCCGCCUACUACUGCGAGGGGGAGUGUGCCUUCCCUCUGAACUCCUACAUGAACGCCACCAACCAUGCCAUCGUGCAGACACUGGUGCACUUCAUCAACCCGGAAACGGUGCCCAAGCCUUGCUGUGCUCCGACUCAGCUCAAUGCCAUUUCCGUGCUCUACUUUGAUGACAGUUCCAACGUCAUCCUGAAGAAAUACAGAAACAUGGUUGUCCGGGCCUGUGGUUGCCACUAG